CUGGCAGUGAGUGACCUCUGAGUUAGGGAAGGGUGUCGGCUCCGGCCCUGGCUGGGCCUGACAUCUUCCCAGGGCUCGGGGGCCGAGUCUGGGCGCCCAGCAGACCCCCGGCGGCCAGCGCUUCUCGGGCUCAGGCACGGGGGUGAGAACGGACGCUGCAGAGGCCACGAGGGUGAUGUCAUGUGGCCUGUGCUUUGGACCGUGGUGCGUACCUAUGCUCCCUAUGUCACAUUUCCUGUGGCCUUUGUGGUCGGGGCUGUGGGCUACCACCUGGAAUGGUUCAUCCGGGGAAAGGAUCCCCAGCCUGUGGAGGAGGAGAAGAGCAUCUCUGAGCGCCGGGAGGACCGAAAGCUGGAUGAACUUCUAGGCAAGGACCAUACCCAGGUGGUGAGCCUUAAGGACAAGCUGGAAUUUGCCCCUAAAGCUGUCCUGAACAGAAACCGCCCGGAGAAGAAUUAACGAAGGACACAGAGCCCUA